UCACAAAUUCAUCUCUCUAUCUCAACCCAACAGGCAGUCCACUCUCUCUCUCUCUCUCUCCCUCGCUCUCUCUCUCACAAAACGAAACUAUGACGUCUGAAACACAAACGUCAACAACCUUCGUUCAAGCCGACACAGCCACCUUCCGCCACCUCGUCCAGCAGCUGACCGGCCUCCCCGGUGCCAUCGACCCCAGCGAAGCCCUGCCAGUCAAACACCCCUCGAAGCUCUCCCCGAGGACCUCCAACCGCCGGUCACCAAUAUUCAAGCUCCAAGAUCGUCGCCACGCCAUGAGAAACAAGCUCGAGAUUAAGCUUGGCCUCUCGGCUAUCAACCAGAACCACUCACCAAGCAAAAUUCACCGCGUCGGCUCGCUGGGGCAUAGCCCAGUCACGCCGUUGGGGCCUGAGUCCAUGUUUUUCUGGGGAUUGAAUAUGGAGUCGCCGGUGGUGUUGGAGGAGGAGAAGGCGAUCACAGCGAAAGGUUUUUACUUGCACCCGUCUCCAGCGAAUACCCCUAGAGGGGCUGAGCCGCCAGCGCUCUUGCCGCUGUUUCCAGUCACUUCGCCAGAGCAAGAGAGCUAGACUCCAGCGAGGGUGAUGUUCACGCGCGAGGAACAUAUGUGUGUUUGUAUAUAUACCAUAUUUUGGUCUUCAAGAGAGAAAUUAAUUAGUCAAGUAAUAUCUGCUUGCUCUGUCUAUCUUAAGAGAAAAAACUCACUUAUAUGUUACCAACAAGUGAUCGACGAAUUGAUACAAGUUCUGAUUAUUCUGAUGGCUUCA